AUGAAGCUCCUACUACCAAUCGCCGCCGCGGCUCUUCUCCUCGUCGCCUUGACGGCGCGCGUGCCGGCGGCGAGCGCGGCCGGGUGGGUGGAGCUGGACCUGACGAAGACAGGCGCAGCCAGUGAUGCGGCGCUCGCGCAGAGAGCGGCGGGAAUUGCGGUGGAAACGUACAACGCGCAGACGCAAUCCGCGCUCUCUCUGGCGGCGGUUCAAUCCGCGGAAGUCUUUGUGCCCGCCGAUGUGGGGCGGAGAGCCGUCAUCCGCGUGGCCUUCGCUGCCGAGGAGCAGCAGGGCGUGCUGCAGAGGCUGCUGCGCGGCCCUGGCAGCACAGUUGCGGUGCAGGCCGAGAUUGCGGGAACGUCGCACGAACUGCACCAUUAUAAGCUGGAGAGAUUUGUUAUAACUGGAUGA